AUGACAGAAGCAUCAAGGGAUCCUGAAGUGGCUGAUUCAGAAAACACUGACAACGGUAGAACAACGUUAAAUCUAACUUGUUCAACAUCCAACAAGAAACCUCUUCCUGAUCGUGGAACAUGGAGCACCAAACUGGAUUUUAUCCUCAGUGUGGUCGGGCUGGCAAUCGGUCUUGGUAAUGUCUGGCGAUUUCCAUACCUAUGCUAUAAAAACGGCGGUGGUGCCUUCUUAAUACCUUACUUCUUGACACUGUUUCUGGCCGGAAUACCCAUGUUUUUCAUGGAAUUGGCUCUCGGGCAAAUGCUCACAGUAGGCGGUCUCGGAGUUUUCAAAAUAGCGCCGCUUUUCAAGGGCAUCGGUUACGCCGCCGCUGUCAUGUCCUGUUGGAUGAAUGUCUAUUACAUCGUUAUCCUAGCCUGGGCGAUCUUUUAUUUUUUCAUGUCAAUGCGCAGUGAAUUGCCUUGGGGAAGCUGUAACAAUGACUGGAACACCAAGAAUUGCGUAAAUCCUUACGACAGAAGUUCGUUGCAUUGCUGGAGUCAGAUCUCGGCGAGGAACGGUAGCGUCGUCAAGAUGUGCACACUCAAUCAUAUUAAUGUGACAGUAACGGAGCUUACGGAUCCUGUGAAGGAGUUUUGGGAACGGCGUGCGUUGCAAAUCAGUGAUGGUAUUGAAUCCAUGGGCAAUAUUCGAUGGGAAUUGGCGGGUACGUUGUUACUAGUGUGGAUAAUUUGUUAUUUUUGCAUCUGGAAGGGUGUCAAAUGGACUGGCAAAGUUGUCUAUUUCACGUCUCUCUUUCCAUACGUGUUACUCACUGUUCUUCUAAUCCGUGGUAUUACACUACCCGGCGCUAUGGAAGGCAUUCGAUUUUAUAUUAGUCCAAACUUGUCUAAACUACGAGAAUCCGAGGUAUGGAUUGACGCAGUGACACAAAUCUUUUUUUCGUACGGUCUCGGACUCGGCACUCUGGUGGCUCUUGGUAGUUACAACAAAUUCACCAACAACGUUUACAAGGAUGCUCUGAUUGUUUGUUCGGUUAACUCGUCCACUAGCAUGUUCGCGGGUUUUGUGAUAUUUUCGGUGGUUGGUUUUAUGGCGCACGAACAGCAGAAACCGGUCGCCGAAGUAGCCGCUUCUGGACCAGGAUUAGCCUUUUUGGCUUAUCCAUCCGCUGUUCUUCAACUUCCGGGCGCUCCGCUUUGGUCAUGUCUAUUUUUCUUCAUGCUGUUGCUUAUUGGACUUGACUCCCAGUUUUGUACAAUGGAAGGCUUCGUUACAGCUAUGGUGGAUGAGUGGCCGCAGCUGUUACGACGUCGCAAAGAGUUGUUUAUAGCCAUCGUGUGCGCUCUGUCUUAUCUCAUCGGAUUGUCAUGUAUUUCUCAAGGUGGCAUGUACGUUUUCCAAAUCCUUGAUUCGUACGCUGUCUCCGGCUUCUGCUUACUCUUUCUUAUAUUUUUCGAGUGUAUAUCAAUCAGUUGGGCGUUUGGCGUAAAUCGAUUUUAUGACGCCCUUCGCGACAUGAUCGGAUAUUAUCCUCUUAUGUGGUGGAAAUUUUGCUGGACAGUGACUACGCCGAUGAUUUGCGUUGGCGUAUUUGUCUUCAAUCUGGUUCAGUGGACACCUAUAAAGUAUCUGGAUUAUGAGUACCCAUGGUGGUCGCAUGUGUUAGGCUGGUUUACAGCGCUAUCUUCUAUGCUAUGCAUACCUGGAUACAUGGUUUAUGCCUGGAUGACUACAACAGGCGAUAAUAGGACAAAAUACAAAUUGUUAAUUAAAAUAGAGGAUGACGUCGCGGCUCUACGAACAAAAAUGGGUCAACCACCAGUCGAGCUAACGUCCCUCUAAUUUCGCUUCGAUAGGCAAUGCACAAGCUCGCCUAAAUAAAUAAUACAAUUGUUAUUAUUUUGUAAUUAAUUGGUCAAUUGCAAGGCAUUAAUAAGGAUUGAAAGAUAUUGUGCUAACGAUUACUGUAAAAGAACACGCACGACUGCGACAAGUCGUCGAUGUAUGGUGUUCUUCAUUCAAAACACGAUUUGACGCGAAGCGGAGAGCCAGCAAUUAAAUAAAUGCCGGAAAUCAACACACCCGACACUGCCCUCGGUUCCCCUCUUUACACCCAGUCGACAAAAAACUUCGCUGGCUUUGUACAUAAAUUAUUUAUUUGUCAUCGUGUAACUAUCAUAACUGCCACAGAAUAGGUGACGCAGAAGAUCGCGAACAUCCACGACAUUCUGGCUGAAUGGUCGAAUUCAUCAUUUAGGAUUAAACGCAAUAUAUCGGAAUGAAUAUCCGAUUGUAUCAUCAUUGCACUGAAGCUAUUUAAAACUUAAUUUAUUGGAUUAAUUUAUAUUCUAAAAUAAUAUCCUGUUUGUGCACAGGAUACCAAGUAUUUUCAUCACUUUGAAGAUAGUUUUAAGGACCUAAGUUACACGUGAUUUCUUUAUAGAUAGUUGCCGAAUAUAUUGCCAGACUAUCGUCGUGCUCAUAACAUUCGCAGUGAGUGACAGUUAAGUUAAUUGUUUAGUUAGUGCUAAAUGGUAUCGGUGCAACUUGCAGCUCUCACAUGGUAGCAAUACCCGAUAUCAUUCAUAAAACUUAUAUCGUAACAAUAGCCGUAUGCAAUAGCCGUUCGCAUUUAUUUUUGCGUCUAUACUUUCGCAUCAAUUUAACGCCGUAAUUGGCGAACAAAGUGUGGCUACGUCUUUCUUUUCAAAGAUUGUAAUAAAUUUCAUAUUAUUAUUUUAUUAUUAAUAUUAUUAAUUUGCGAUUAAUUAACGUAAUGCGGAGCGUUUUUUCCAUGUAACACUAUAAUCAUGAAUUAUUGUAAGUGACAAAUAC